UCAGCCCCCAAACUCAAAUCAAAACCAUUCAAUCUCUUCUUUCUUCUUCCGAGUCUCACAACGAUCCACGAACUCACUCGAUCAUUUCCAUGGCGGAGGUAUCUAGACCUAGCUCUGUCCCCGGAACCCACCGCCAACCGAGCCGCCUUCAGCGACGAGCUCCGGCUUCCUUACAGAUCAGCCCCGUAUCCGAUUGGAACGUCGCGAUUCCCUUACUCUCGCCGCUCGUUUCUCCCUCUUCUCCCAAGGCGCUCGAUCGGACGGUGGAUAAUAAAUCUAGAGACGAUCAUCAUCAGCGUCUCCGCCAGAGUAGCGAGCCGGAGAAGCCGAUCGUCUUCAAAAAGUGGCAGCAUCCGGCGGCUCCUUUCUGUUACGACUCUACUCCGUUGGUCCGGCCUUUUGUUCCGGUUUAGAAGACCGUGGGACCUAGGGCUUGGUCUAUCUGUAAAUUGAUCUUUGAUCAUCUUUGACGAAUAUUAGUCAGUAGAUCUAACGGUGUAUGUUUCACCUUACUACUUUUUCUUCUAACAUACACAACUAUUUUUGCGAAAUUGUACACACGGAACUUUUUUUUUUCCUC